CGGCUCUCCGCUGUCAGGGCAAGGCAGACUGACAGUAUGGCGGCGGGGUGCAGCUGGAAGGAUGCUACUGUCGCCCGUGAUGUGUAUAUCGCCGGUAGGACGUAAAUGGACAAUUGACGGCAAAAAGAGAAGAGGAUUUAGCGAGAAAGGCUCGUCGCCGUGAGCUCCAAAGAUGGCCAGGCUCGCCGACUACUAUUUAGUGGUCGGUUACGACCUCGACAAGCGAGUGGAGGGUGAAGGUCUAGGUCGCAUUCUCCAGCGGUUUCCUGAGAAAGACUGGGAGGACAGCCCGUUCCCACAAGGCAUAGAGCUGUUCUGUCAGCCCAGCGGUUGGCAGCUGGUUCCUGAGCGGCAACCUGCUUCCUUCUUUGUAGCGGUUUUGACCGACAUCAACUCAGAGCGUAACUACUGUGCCUGCUUCACCUUCUGGGAGGGCCUGGACAACCCCCAGCUGCAGAAGGCUAAGGCCAGCGAGGCGGAUGAGGUGGACGAGGGGCUCGCCGUCGUCCAAUCGGCUCAGGUCUUCGCCCCCAAGAGCCUGGUGCUGGUGUCCCGACUGGACUACACCGAGGUGUUCAGGAACUGUCUGGGUCUGAUCUACACCGUCCAUGUCGAUGGCCUGUCUGUCCCCUUGGAAACGGUGAUCGGGAACCUGCUCACGUGUAUCAUCCCCAUCGCUGGAGGCUCCCAGCCGGGCCAGGAGGAGAGAGAGGAGAGUUUGAGGACUAUAACGUUAGGUGCUGGCGACCGGCAAGUUAUCCAGACUCCCAUCGAUGAUGCACUUCCUGUCAGUGGCAGCACCGUGGCCCAGCUCUUCAGACAGCUCGGGAUAGUCAACGUGCUGUAUCUGUUCUGUGCCGCGCUGACGGAACAUAAGAUCCUGUUCCUGUCCAGCAGCUACCAGAGGCUGACCGACGCCUGCCGGGGAUUGCUGGCCAUCAUGUUCCCCCUCAAAUACAGCUUCACCUACGUUCCCAUCCUGCCAGGGAAACUGCUGGAGGUCCUGAGCACCCCCACCCCCUUCAUCAUCGGUGUCAACUCAUUCUUUCGCUCGGAGACACAAGAAUUGUUGGAUGUGAUCAUCGCUGACCUGGACGGCGGCACGGUGACCAUCCCCGAGUGUGUCCACAUCUCCCUGCUGCCUGAGCCGCUCCUCCAGCAGACCCAGACUGUGCUCUCCAUGGUUUUGGAUCCAGAGCUGGAAGUCGCUGAUCACGCCUUCCCCCCUCUAUCCACACAACCCUCGGCACUCAAGAUCCAGGAUAAGGAGAUCCGGGGAGUCUUCCUGUGGCUGUUCGCUCGGCUCUUCCAGGGCUAUCGCUGGUGUUUACACAUCAUCCGCAUUCACCCAGAACCGGUGAUCCGCUUCCACAAGGCUGCCUUCCUGGGUCAGAGGUCGCUGACGGAGGACGACUUCCUCAUGAAGGUGUUGGACGGCAUGGCGUUUGCGGGCUUCGUGUCCGAGCGAGGGCCUCCUUACAGAGCCACCGACCUGUUUGAUGACCUGGUGGCCAAUCACGUGGAGCGGAUACGACAAGAGGAGGCCUGUCCACACAAAGUCCUGAACCACGUCAAGGAACUGGCUGAGCUGCUCUUCAAAAAUGAGAAUCCGUACCCCGCUGUGGCCAUGCACAAAGUCCAGCGGCCGUCAGAAAACAGCCAGAGCGGCGGAAACAAUCCGACGCCGUUCCCUGCGCUGGACGAUGUCGCUGUGCAGCUCUUCAUCGACCACGCUGCCGCCAAGCUCAAGACUGCACCUCCUGUGGUCAAGGCGGAGCUCAAGGGCAUGGUGCCAUCUGGGCCCCCGCUGGGAGACACCGUGGACAGGAACGGCAUCGUGAUGGCCAACAGCGCCCGCAGGCUGGAGGUGGUCAGGAACUGCAUCACGUACAUCUUCGAGAACAAGAUGCUGGAGGCCAAGAAGUUAAUGCCAGCUGUACUGCGGGCGCUGAAGGGGCGGGCAGCCCGGAUUUGUUUGACCCAGGAGCUCAAUCAGCACGUCCUGCAGAACCGAGCUGUGCUGGAUGACCAGCAGUUUGACUACAUUGUCCGAAUGAUGAACUGCACCUUACAGAUGGGACACCCGCCCGCCUGCUCUCAUCCCCGGCUCCCUGGAGCUCGGUGCGCCGCCGCUGCCUGGCAAAGGCGGCGGCAUCGGCGUCCCCAGGGACCGCUGGACUGCUCGCAUAUAGAUGAACAUGGUAUUGCAGCUGCCCUCCUUCCACUGGUCACAGCCUUCUGCAGAAAAAUGGGCGCGGGCAUCACUCAGUUUGCCUACAGCUGCGUCCAGGAGCACAUGGUGUGGACCACAAUGCAGUUCUGGGAGGCCAUGUUCUACAGCGACGUUCAGAGCCACAUCCGAGCUCUGUACCUAGAGACAGAAGAGGGAGAGCAGCACAACAACUCUGAGCAGCCGGACGGGUCAGGCAGUCGGAGGGAGAUCAGCGCCCUGGAGCUGGCGUCGGAGCAGAGCCGCCUGUGGCCGACGCUCAGCAAGGAGCUGCAGACGGAGCGCGUGCAGAAGGAGGAGAGCACGGUGUUCAGCCAGGCCAUCCACUACGCCAACAGGAUGAGCUACCUGCUGCUGCCGCUGGACACCAGCAAGAACCGGCUGCUGAGGAGCUCCGGCCUCGGCGACGUGGAAAGCGUCAGCAACAGCUACGUCACAAACAGUAUUGCAGGCAGCAUGGCGGAGAGCUACGACACAGAGAGCGGCUUCGAAGACGCCGAGAGCUCUGACGUGGCUAACUCGGUGGUGCGCUUCAUUAACCGCUUCGUAGACAAAGUGUGUAACGAGAGCGGCGUGACCAACGAGCACCUGAAGGCUCUCCACGCCAUGAUCCCAGAUAUUGUUCAGAUGCAUAUCGAGACGUUAGACGCAGUCCACCGGGAGAGUAAGCGGCUGCCUCCGAUCCAAAAGCCCAAGCUGCUGAGGCCGACGCUGUUGCCCGGGGAGGAGCUGGUGAUGGACGGCAUGCGGGUCCACCUGAUCCCCGAUGGCCGCGAGGAGGCCACGGGGCUGAUGGGAGGGCCGCCUCUGCUCCCUGCUGAGGGCGCCAUCUUCCUCACCAACUACCGGCUCAUCUUCAAGGGCACGCCCAACGACCCACUGGUGGGGGAGCAGGUGGUGACUCGCUCCUUCCCCAUUGCCUCUCUGACUAAGGAGAAGAGGAUCUCGGUCACUAUACCAAUGGAUCAGUUUGUCCAGGAGGGGCUACAGCUGCGCUCCUGCACCUUCCAGCUGAUGAAGAUUGCGUUUGACGAGGAGGUCGCAUCAGACCUGGCUGAGGUUUUCAGGAAGCACAUGCACAAGCUGCGCUAUCCUCAGCACGUCCAGGGCACCUUCGCCUUCACUGUGGGUCAGUGCGGGAAGAUGGUGGUGGAGCACAAGACCAAGGACAAGAACCAGUCACUCAGGACACUCUCCAAAAACCUGGUGAAGAGUGCCAAGAGGACCAUCGGCCGGCAGUAUGUGACCAAGAAGAAGUAUUCCCCCCCCACCUGGGAAAACCGGAGCAGCUUCCAGUCAGAGCUGGAUGAGGAUGAAAUUUCAGUUUCAGAGGAAGUGGACCAGAGCUCCCUCACCCUCUCCUCCACCAUGCGCUCAUCCGACAGACAGACCAUGAGCAACGUCGUGGAGCGCGCCUGUUGCCGCGACUACCAGCGCCUCGGUCUGGGCACGCUCAGUAACAGCCUGACGCGUUCGAAAAACGAGCCUUUCAGGAUUUCCACCGUCAACCGCAUGUACACCGUCUGCAGGAGCUACCCCGGCCUGCUGAUUGUGCCUCAGAGCAUCCCAGACACGACAAUACAGAGAAUCUGCCGCUGCUACCGGCAGAAUCGCUUCCCCGUCGUUUGCUGGAGGAAUUCCCGAACCAAGGCCGUCCUGCUGCGAUCUGCAGGCCUCCACGCAAAGGGGGUGGUGGGCUUCUUCAAGUCCCCUAAUGCCCCUGCUUCAGGGCCCUCCCAGGCCGACUCCACCAGUCUGGAGCAGGAGAAGUACCUCCAGGCCAUCAUCAGCUCCAUGCCUUCUUACAGCGAGAGCAGCGGCAGGAACACACUCAGCGGCUUCACCUCCACACACAUGAGCACCUCCGACUCCUCAGACAAGCUGAGGCAGCCCAAGAUCGGUGCUCUGAUGAAGCAGGUGAUGGGCACCAGGGAGGAUGUUCCCGGGACGUUCAGCAGAGGAGCUCUGGGUCAAAGGGCGAAAGUCAUCUCCCUCUCUCAGCCCAAAGUGUCUGGCAAGGCCAGGAACCCUUCUAGAGGUAAAUGGGGCAGUAUCCGGGGCAGCGGGCGUCUAAGUGCCUACAACCCAGACGUGGGGACGCGCCGCGGGAAGGAGUCCCCGCAGUCCAACGGAGGGCCGGGCGAGGCGCUGUUUCUCCGCCAGCAGAAGGCCUACCUCUACAUCAUUGGAGACAAGGCCCAGCUCAAGGGAGGGAAGCAGGACUCGUUCCAGCAGUGGGAGGUGGUUCCCAUCGAGGUGUGCGACGUGCGGCAGGUGAAGAACAGCUUCAAGAAGCUGAUGAAGGCCUGCGUGCCCAGCUCCUCCACCACUGACCCCAACAUGAGCUUCCUGCGCUGCCUGGAGGAGUCGGAGUGGAUGGCUCUGCUACACCGAGUGCUGCAGGUGUCUGUGCUGGUGGUGGAGCUUCUGGACACGGGCUCGUCGGUCAUGGUCAGCCUGGAGGACGGCUGGGACGUCACCACACAGGUGGUGUCCCUGGUGCAGCUGCUGUCUGAUCCAUACUACCGGACCUUUGACGGCUUCCGGCUGCUGGUGGAGAAGGAAUGGCUGUCGUUUGGCCACAGAUUCAGCCACCGUGGAGCGCAGACGCUGGGCAGCCAGAACAGCGGCUUCACCCCCGUCUUCCUGCAGUUCCUCGACUGUGUACACCAGAUCCACCUGCAGUUCCCCAUGGAGUUUGAGUUCAGUCAGUACUACCUGAAGUUCUUGGCCUACCACUAUGUGUCCAACCGCUUCCGCACCUUCCUGCUCGACUCCGACUACGAACGCAUCGAGCUGGGAGUGCUGUAUGAGGAGAAAGGUGAGAGGAGAAGCCCUCAGGUGUGUAAGUCUGUGUGGGACUACAUCGACCGACUCAACAAGAAAACCCCCGUCUUCUACAACUACAUGUUCUCUCCUGAAGACGACGAGGUGCUGCGGCCAUACACCUUCAACUCCAACCUGAAGGUGUGGGACUUCUACAUGGAGGAGACCCUGUCGGAGGGGCCCUCCUACGACUGGGAGCUGAGGGGCCGGCAGGAGCGCGUGGCGGAGGAGACGCCGGAGAGACCCGACAGCAGCGGCCCCAAAUCGCAGCGGCACAUCGUGUGGCCGUGUUACGACAGCCUGAGCAAGGUAGUGCCCGACGCCAUCACCAAGCUGCUGCAGGACCUGCAGAGCCUGGAGGCGGAGCUCGGCCAGACGUCGGAGAAGUGGAAGGACACGUGGGAUAAAAUCAAGAACGCGCAGAGGACUGAGACCAAACUGGAAAGCAAGCCGUCGUUCUCCAGCUCCCUGCUGAUGUCGUCCAACCUGAGCCACCAGCGGCGCUCUCAGGGCGUGUACCUGCAGGAGAGCGGCGUGGGCUCCUCCAUCAACCUGGCUCUGGACUGCGAGGCCAGCGCCACCUCCACCCCCGCUGCCGGGCGGCCGAGCACCAGCACGCUCUACAGCCAGUUCCAGAGCACAGAGAGCGAGAACAGGAGUUUUGAAGGCAUCCUGUAUAAGAGAGGGGCACUGUUGAAACCAUGGAAACCGCGGUGGUUUGUUCUGGACAAGACCAAACAUCAGCUGAGAUACUACGAGAGCAGGCGGGACAAGGAGUGUAAAGGGGUGAUAGAGCUGGCCGAAGUGGAAUCGGUCAUUCCAGGAACGUCUGCCAUGGGAGCACCCAAAAACAUCGAGGAGAAAGCCUUCUUUGAUCUCAAGACGACCAAACGGGUGUACAACUUCUGUGCCCAGGACAGCCUGAACGCACAGCUGUGGAUGGACAGUGUUCAGAGCUGCCUGUCGGACGCCUAGACAGGAGGCGGGACUCUCUUUUUUUUUAAGGAGCAAUGCAACCAGGAACGAAUGAGCGGUGCUGCGGCACCUGACGGGCACCUCUGCCAGGCCGAUCCCAGCGGAGCAGGGAGGGAGGGGGAGGAGGGGCCUUUCACCACUUAAGCUCGGUUCUGUUCGCUAGUGUUGAACUAAUAACCUCGCGUCACAACGUUUCAGUGUUUUUGUUAUAAAAAAAAAAAGUUAAAAAAUCUGGAAAAAAAAAGAAAGAAAAAAAAAUGUACUGAAGAACCACUUGCUGUCGUCUCACCAAGUAGCUGCAGCCUCUCGCCCCCACCCCCCCGCCCCCCACGCAGUCUGACCACUAUGUGUGCUGGAUGUCUGUAUGCAUGAAAAAACAAUGCGUAUUAAAGCACAUUGUUGCAUUUCUGUGAGGCGUCCUGCAGCUUGGACCAGCAUGAAGAUCUUUCCAGACCCUCCACCGGUAAACCACAACCCCCGCUCUCCCUCCCUCCCUCUAACCCUGCUCGCCCUUUAUGACACCCGGGGGAGGAGGAAUGACGGAGGAGCUGCAGUCGCCCGCCGGGCCCAGCCGCCACAAACAGGACCCCCCCCCCCCCUUGUAGGACCUACAAGAUGCACUGGUGCCUCUCACUGCCUGAUGGAGCCCUGUCCUAGACGGAGUUUCAGAGGAACCUGAGUGGGACGCUGCAGCUGCGAGGGGAGGGCAGGGGAGGUGGGGGAGGAGGGAGGAGGGGGAGGGGGCUCCUCAAGGGUUCAUGAAGGAUUUCCUUUUUCUUUUUCCCCCCCAAAUCUCCAAUUUGUAUCCGAAAGAGAUCAAUGCUCGUCGCCUGUCCUCAGCAGGCGAGGGCGACGAUGGUGACGAUAUACUGUGAAAGCCAUGGAUCAGGCGCAGCGAUCAAACCAGGAGAGCCGGGCGCAGAUCGGAGUCGGUCAGGUAUUGAGUGUGUCGGUGAACUUUCACUGAGAGUGUUUACAAAGUAGACAAAACUUCCCCUCACUAAGCUAAACUCUGCUCUUCACCUGUGUGUGUGUGUGUGUGUGUGUGUGUGUGUGUGUGUGUGUGUGUGUGUGUGUGUGUGUGUGUGUGUGUGUGUGUGUGUGUGUGUGUUUGUGUUUGGUGUUUUAUAAAUCCGUACAACCACUAUUAACAUUCAGAUUUUUUUUUUUUAAGGGAUGCUGAAGGAAAAAGGAGGGAUUUAUUUUGUAGUGAUAUCUUUAAAAAAAAAAAAAAAAAAAAAAAAA